AUGCCAGGGAAUUUACGAGACUAUGAGAUCAUGUUGUUGCAGAUGGCAGAUGUGCCCCCGUGUCCUACAAUUGGUCCCAAGAGCACAGAGUCUAAUGUGUUGGAGAUGAUGAUAGCUGAACUGGAAAAUAUAACAAAUAAAGGCGAACAUUGCAAUUUCAUGCUGAGAGAUAGCUUUAACAAUAAUGUUCCGCAUGCUCCUGACAGGGAAACAACAUCAGAUGUGGAAGAGGCAUUAAUCAUCGGGAGGGCUGAAGAAAAAAGGAAAAUACUGUCUAUUUUGUGUGAGGCGAUCACUACUUUUAGUCAAAAUGCUAUAUUGCCUUUAUAUGGCAUUGGAGGCAUCGGCAAGACAACCUUGGCACAAUUGGUAUUUAAUGACCCACAGUUCCAAGACUACUCUCAGGUGUGGGUACAUGUUUCCGAAAUGCUGAAUUUGAAUAAAGUUGGGAACUCUAUAAUUUCACAGUUAACAGAUGAGACUAGCCGGAUAGCUGACAAGCAGAUGCUGCAUAAUCGGCUUAGAAAACAAUUUACUGGUAAGAGUAUCCUUAUUGUUUUAGAUGACAUGUGGGAGGAGGAUCCAGAUAAUUUAAAUGAUUUGAUGACUAUGCUAAAGCUUGGGACCCGAAGAAAGGUGAUUGUUAUAGUGACUACACGUGAUGAAGCCAUUGCAAAGAUAAUUUGUGGUCCUACAGUUACACCAUACAAGCUGGAAAUUUUGACGGAUGAUAUGUGUUGGACUAUAAUAAAACAAAAAACUGGCUUUAAAGACCGAGUUGACAAAAAACAAUUGGAGGGUAUAGGAAUGGAGAUUGCAAUCAAGUGUGGAGGUGUGGCCUUGGCGGCUCACUCACUUGGUUACAUGCUGAGGGAGAUGAUGUCUGAUCAAUGGGAGUCACUCUGCGAGAAUUAUGUCACGCAACUUCUGGGGAUGUCCUUCCUUCAAUAUUCAAAGACACCUUUGAGCGAUAGGAAGCAUGACAAAGAUGCUACAUUGUUCACGAUGCAUGACCUAGUGCAUGAUCUCACAAAAGAGAUCUUGUCCCAUCAAAUUAACACUGAGGGAAACAAAUGCCGAUAUGCAUUGCUCACAGAUUGUAGCAGCUCACUGCAGUUGUCUGUGGCUUUUCCUGCAAAUAUAAAGGCACUACAUUUUCGGGACUGUGGCAAACAAGAACUUUGUGGUGAUGCAUUUUCACCAGCUAAGUGCCUCUGUGUCUUGGAUUUAAGUGAAUGCUUUAUUCAGAAGUUACCUGAUUGUAUUGGUCAACUGAAGCAGCUGAGGCUCCUGUAUGCUCCACGGAUACAAGAUAAGAUGAUUCCCAAUUGUAUCACCGAGCUCUCAGAGUUAAAUUAUCUCGACCUUAGAGGCUCUAAGAAAAUCUCAGCAUUGCCCGAGUUAAUUGGUGAUAUGAAAGCUCUGGUGCAUCUUGAUUUAUCAUAUUGCUAUGAAAUUUGUAAACUACCAGUAUCCUUCGCGGAGCUGAAGUAA